AUGCCAAUGAUGCCGAACGACAAAGAAGUCACCGCACAGCCGAAACACAAUGAAGACAGCGCAGAACGUCUUCUCCGACAGCUAGAAGACUCGCAUCGUCAUCAGCUGCUGCGCCAAAAUGAGAACACUGAACAGCGUUCGGUUAGACUUAUGACAAGUUCGCUACGCCAACAAGCAGUACGCCAAAACGAAAGUGCUGAGCGGCGAUCCGAACGUCUCGCAGCUAACUCGCUGCGUCAACACAGGCGGCGCCAAGCUGAAACUGUUGAGGAACGAAGUGAGCGCCUCUUUGAAAAUGCUCAACGCCAGCAGAGACGCAGACAAACCGAAGGCGCUGAGGAAAGAGCUGUACGUCUGUCUGAAAAUGCACAGCGCCAGCAUAGGCGGCGCGAAAACGAAGAUGCUGCACGACGCUCCGAGCGCUUGAUUCUGAACGGAAAACGCCAACGAAGACAAAGUCUCAACGAUGGCCAUGAGCACCGUAUUCACCGACUGCACGCCGAUGCUGAGAGACAGCGGCGGCGGCGCCGCGCUCCACUAGAGACGAUUGGUCUUGCGCUUAGAACUCGAACAGCAGAGACUAACUACUUAGGUGAAAUGAAUUGUCGUUGUAUGAACUGUGGAGCGCGACACUUUCAAUUUGAAGUCAAGCAGCAGUAUCCAGGUAUAUUUGGGGACUACUGCAAUCAUGACCGGAUUGUGUUCGAUUUAUUCGAAAAAUUUCAAGAGCCUCUCAAACAGCUUUUCUUAAGAGAAAGUUCCGCAUCUCUGGAACAUAGACAGCGUCACAGAAACUUUUUGGAAAAUAUAAGAAAUUUCAACUCGGCUCUAGCGAUUAUCUGCUGUGAUCCAGAGCUUAUGAGAUUCUUGAGUGAGUGGUUCGCCCAAAACAAUGCUUAUGCGCGGUCGUUCAAAAUGAUGAGUGAAGUUGAAAGAGCUGAGAAAGAAGCAGCGAACCGCGAUAAUCGUCGACCAACUACUAUCAGAAUGGUUUUUGAAGAAAAUAGCGGAAGGAACAUCGCACGUGGUCAGUAUGCAAUGCCUACAGCUAAUGAGGUCGCAGUGGUGUAUGUUGGAGAAGAGAAUGAUGUUCCGCCCGCAAGAAGUCUUGCAGUUUCCCUCAGAGAGUCGGAUGGGACGUCCUUGAUGAACAUCAGUGAUAUGGACAAAAGUGAUGAAUGGGUCGCACCGACCAAUUUGCGCCUUUUUACGAAGUUUAACUGUCACGUAAACGUUGAAAUUUGUGGUACAGUUUCGGCAGUCAAGUACUUAUACAAAUACAUCUAUAAAGGUCCCGAUCGUGCACGAAUAACAAUUGAAAGCGAUUCUGAUGACAGCGGAAAUGGUGUGGUAGACGAGAUCAAACAACAUUUGAACACUCGAUGUGUAUGCCCACCUCAAGCUCUUCACAGAAUGUUUGAGUUUGCUAUGCAAGAAAAGUCGCACGCUGUAUGCAGAUUGGCUGUUCACCUGCCAGGAUAUCAGACCGUUCACUUUGUCGCAGGACAAAAACAACAGGCUGUAGAUAGCGCACAUUCUAACUUCACGUCCCUCACCGCUUAUUUUGAGCUCAACCGGUCGUGUGCCAAUGUUUUUGAUAACGGCCUGCAGUCUGAUACAAACAUUGAUGCUCGCGAACUGUUUUAUUAUCAGAUCCCUGAGCAUUUUUCAUUCACGGCACGGCAUGGUUGGAAACCAAGAAGACGUGGAGUUAAGGAAAUAGGAUGCAUGUACACAGUCUCACCACGAGAUGUAGAACGGUACAGUCUCCGCAUCCUUCUGUUGAACACGAAAGGAAAAAUGUCAUUCCAAGACCUGAGAACAGUAGAUGGACGCACGUACGAGAAGUUUUCGGAAGCGACGAAGGCUUCCGGAUUCCUUGAUGACGACACAUACUAUCGUCAAAGUAUUCAGGAAGCUGCACAGUUUCAAAUAGCAUCAACGUUACACAAUUUCUUUGCUUGCUUGCUCUGUUACUGUGAACUCGCAAACGCUGAGGAACUAUGGACUGAGUUUUCGGCAUCGAUGGCUGACGAUUUCACUAAUAUGGGAGGAGACCCAGAAGAUGCAAUUGCUGCUGCCUAUUUCGACAUCGCUGACAGGAUGCCACCUGCAAAUCAACGAUCUUCACUUGCUGAUGUCCCAGUUGACUAUGGUCAACAUGAAAGUGAAGGAUCACGGCUAUAUGCAUCACUGAAUACGCAUCAAAGAAAAGCUGCUGAUGACAUCCUUACAGCAAUGAAUCGCAGAGACGACCGAUGUUUUUUCAUCGAUGGGCCAGGAGGAUCAGGGAAAGCAUAUCUCUAUAAUACCAUCUACAACAUGGCCAUGGGGCAGCGGCGUCAAGUACUGUGUGUUGGUUGGAUUGGAAUCGCACCCAAUCUAUUGCCGAAUGGACGAACGGUAACCUCAGCGUUCAAGCUCAACAUGGCUGAUGAAAAUCGCACGUCUUUGAUGAAACGUCAGCAGAAAGAAGCACGACAGCUCAAGGCCAUUGAUAUUAUCAUAUGGGAUGAAAUUUCAAUGGCUGCAAAGCCGUUCGGCGGCAAGCCAUUCAUCAUUGGAGGCGAUUUUCGGCAAGUAUUACCAGUAGUUGAGCACGGACAAUGCGACGACUUUGUAAAUUCGUGCGUAACAAAUUCUGUUCUUUGGUCACUAUUCAAGAUUUAUCGUCUUGACGUCAACAUGAGAACUCGAGAAGCGGGACUUGGAUGGGCUAAUUUCCUUUUGGAGGUAGGUAAUGGCACGGCGAACGAUAAAGAAGGACGAAUUCAGAUUUUGAAGGAGUUCCGGUGUCAGAGGAGUAUUGUCACGGAAAUUUUUGGCGAGACGAUUGAUCCAAAUGAUACUAACCUUUGUGAACGGGCUACUUUGCCUCCCAUGAAUCUGAAUGUCAGGCAGCUAAAUAAUGAGGCCUUCGAACGACUAUGCACAUUCUGUCAGCAAGAUGAGCGCGUCUACAAAAGCGUUGACGAGGCUGUGUAUUAUGAAGGAAGCUGGGAUGAGUUGUACCCAGUGGAGUACCUAAACACGUUGGAACCCACUGGAAUGCCACCUCAUGAGCUACGUCUGAAGAAAGGUGCAAUCGUCAUGCUUCUGCGCAAUCUUGACGUUGUCAACGGUCUCUGCAACGGAACACGACUGAGAGUAGAAACCUUUGGACGCUAUGUGCUUGGCUGUCGCUUUGUUUGCGGGAGCCGAAAAAACCAGUUAGCUGUAAUACCCAGGAUUGACAACUAUUGGGAAAAGCAGCUACCGUUCCAACUGCGAAGAAGGCAAUUUCCUUUACGUCUUGCUUUUGCAAUGACUAUAAAUAAGGCUCAAAGACAGUCCUUCAAUGAAGUGGGAGUGUACUUGCCGGAAGACGUUUUCAGUCACGGACAACUCUACGUGGCUUUUUCCCGAGCAAGGACGCCAGCCGGACUGAAGGUAGGCACACUGCAUGGUUCAGUGAAGAACAUUGUGUACAACGAGGUUCUGUUAUGA